GAAGACCGUCACUUGAUCGUCGUCUAAAGAGGAAAAAGAAAAAAUAAUCAAAACGACACGCCCCCUAUGGUGCUCUCAACAAUGAGUUACGCCUCGUCCCGCACCUAAAACAUGCCGUUAUCUUUUGUGCGCCUCUCCGAUGCCCCCAAGAAGGCGAAACCGAUCAGGUCGGCCUAUGAAAGCGAGAGUUUUGAUGCCGAUGGCGCAAUCCACGUCGACGGGCUGGUCGGGUCAGCGACUAUCUCCCCCUCAGGACGAGAUGUUGCCUUAGCAUCCCCCGAAGGUCUUGCCAUCAUUGACUUGGAUUCGCCUUGGAGCCCUCCUCGGAGGUUGAGCAGCCAUGGCCUCCCAUGGCUCGUUGUUGACGUACAGUGGUCGCCAUUUGCGGCACGCGAUUAUUGGGUGGCCUCUACGGCAAACCAUCGCUGUUUAGUAUGGAACCUCAACAAACGGGACGACUCGUCGUCAGGUGCCAUUGAGCAUUCCCUCCAGGCUCACAGCAGAGCCAUUACCGAUGUCAAUUUCUCCGCUCACCACCCAGAUUUCCUUGCGACCUGCGCAGUGGAUGGCUAUGUUUACUGCUGGGACCUUCGGCGGCCGAGACAGCCUGUGCUCUCCUUUUGCGACUGGUUUGCUGGCGCCACCCAAGUCAAGUACAACCGCCAGGACCCGAAUGUCCUCGCCUCUGCCCAUGACCGCCGGCUUCACAUAUGGGAUGUCAGGCGGUCGGUUGAGCCUCUCAAGACGAUCGAUGCUCACACGUCUAAAAUUUAUGGUGUCGAUUGGAACCGCAUAAAUUCCACUUGCCUCGUUACGUGCUCCCUUGAUAAGAGCAUCAAAUUCUGGGACUAUGGCAAAGAUGGCGAGGAACCGCAGAGAGUUAUUCGCACUGAUUUCCCGGUAUGGCGAGCUCGCCACACGCCUUUCGGGUACGGCCUAUUAGCUAUGCCUCAAACAGAGCCAGGCAACUUGUUCCUCUUCGACCAACGCCCCGAUCCCGAAACCCCAGUGGAUGGGGCAGUCAAGCCUGUCGCUGUUUUCCCAGGACACGGAAAUCACAAGGCCAAGGAAUUUCUCUGGAGAAGUCGCGGCGGCGUGACCAACGAAGGUAUAGAUAACCGCGAUUUUCAACUGGUUUCCUGGGGCGAAGACAACGAGCUACGCCUUCACAAGGUCGAGCAUGAGCUUCUGGAAUCCGUGGGUCACUUUAAAGGUCGUCCCCUGAUGAAGAACCUCAUCCUCACCCGCAAGGGUGCACCAUACAAAACUUUCCGCACCGUCGAUGAUGUUCACCGCGAUCGCAGAAGCCCGACCAUGACCGACCGCCCUGGUAGUGGCGGGCAGCUUCGCCAAAGUGCGCUGAGCAGCGGCUUGAAUGCGGGCCUCCGUCGUGUUGGACCCUCUUGGAGGUCCACGUCCAUGAAGGCGAGGACGAACACAAGCAAGCAUGUUGAUAAAACCCAGCUCCAGAUCGGAUGGAUGAAGGGGAUUACCAUGUCAAAGAGGAAAUCUAGCUCGGACGCGCCUGGCCGUGCUGGUCCGGAGGACUCGGGUAUCUUCGGUCCCGGCUACGACAGUGGUUGGGGGGAGCCAGAAACCAUUCAGGACGAGUUCCUCCGUAUCAGCAACCAGCUUCCCAAUGUCAAGUGGGAGAACAUUGACAUGGAUGCUCUCACCUUGAAUGCGUCCCUCAAGGGGCCGUGGGGUGUCAACGGCGAAACGAUCUUCAUCAAGGUCAAGGUGGAUAUUCCCAAGAGCUACCCGAAGAGCAAGGCACCGCGGUUCUAUGUCGAGAAGUCAUCAUUCAUGCCAGAAGAGACGCAUCGGAAGCUCGAGCAUGAACUACGUGAACUUGGGAACCGAUUCUUGCAGCGAAAGCAAAACUGUCUCGACACCGCGUUUGAAUAUCUGCUUGGCGAGGUCGACCUCGAAACGAGUACCGCGUUUUUCAACAAUGUCCGAGACUUUGAUGACGACGACGCAUUGGCAGAUGAGAGCUCUAGCGAGGAAGAUGAAAAUGAUAUCCCAGCUGGUGGUUCGGCAUCCAUGUCCCAGGAGCUCAGCACCAGCACCGAACUGGACCCCUCGGGAACCUUGGCCUCUGCCCAGCGCCAGGCUGUCACGCCUCUGCCCAUGUUUUGCGGAGCUCGAUUCUCCAAUGAUGGCAGGUUGGUCUGCUUCUUCCCGACAAAGGAGGAGAAGGCCAAAGCUCUAUUCGCUCUUCCGCACCCAGAUUCGUCCAAGGAGCGGUCGAAAGGAGAGCCCACCUUUGCCGGCUUCGGUCGCCUUUCUCACGACUCUCCGCCUCCUAAACAUCGGUUCCAUGACGAGACAUCUGCGACGGAUGACCAGUCGGAAGAUUCGGACGACACCGAGUCGACGACCUCGACGGAUUCUGAACCGACAACGAUGCACAAGGUCGAUCUGUGGUAUCAGACAGGUCGCCGUUUCCGGAAGACGUGGAGCGCCAACGAGUCGGUACGAUCAAGUGGUGGUGGCACCGGCGCUGGAACGGGGACUGGCACAGGGACAAGCCGGAAAAAGCCAGGCAAACCGAAGAACAUUAUCUCCAUCCAUGACUUACAAAAUGACCUCCCGUCAAAGAAGCAGCUUGCUUUGGAGUAUGCCAUCUUCGGCGACGGGGCUGACGUGUGCAGUCACAACGCCGCGGUUGCCGAAAAGUACGGGUAUCAGGAUUUGGUCCACGUCUGGAAGUAUGCCGCGCUUCUUCUUCGAAGAGACAUCCCGCUUGAGCUACAUGACUGGAGGCACAGCGGGCAACCGGUGCUCGUUAUCGCAAGGAAUGUCGCGGUCCAUGCGAACGAGGAGAAAAGAGCGGGGGAGACUACAGCACCAGGGUCCAAUCUAGCUGGCCGAGUCAGAUGGGGUCAUCAUCCUCUGGCGCGAGACUUGAUUAGCGAGCUCUUCGACUACUUUGAGAAGGUCGCCGACAUUCAGAUGUUGGCCAUGCUGGCGUGCAUAUUUGGCGACUACUCAAUUGAAGAGGAGGCGGCCAUCGCAGCAUCACAUCUUCCUCAGCCGAAGACACCGUUGCCCAUGAAAGCUCCCUCCUUCUCGUUCGAAUAUUUUCCCACCGACCCCGCGCUCUGGAAUUUCAAUUACAAGAGUCAAGCCAGUUCGGCCAUAACGACUCCCAGGACAGCUAAUACUCCGGCCAUGUACUACUCGGAUCCCCCAAGCUCCGCCGACGAGGUGACGGGCUCCCUAGAACCGAAAUCGCAUUCUUACUCGUGCGGGGAGACACCUCCUAAUCCUGCCAGGGAGCAUUUGCGGGAUGUUGCCCAAACGCAGAGCCUAUCUACAUCUCCCAACACCAAGUUCUUUCACCGUUCCAACUCGACUGUUGCUGCCGCGAUUGCUGCUAGUCUGCCGCGGGCGCUAGCUGGCAUCGUCUCAGGCUCGCCCCCGGACCAGGUUCGGAAGCGCCCGAGCCCUGCCGAGACCAUGCUGGGCAACCUUACCCCCAAUGCCGUUCCAUGGGCUGGCUCGGCCGUGUCUGGCGCUGGCCCAGACACGCCCGGAACCUCACGGACAUCGUUCUCGGAUGAUGAGUACUGGAAAGACGACCUCUUAGCCAUGGUCCCAAUUGGGGUGUCCUGCAUUCCGGAAAAUCAAGGCCAGUUCGACGACGACGGUUGGAUGUCGACCUUCUUGAUUGACCGCGACCGUCGCCAAGUAUAUUCUAAUUAUCGUUACGCAUACGCGGAAAUGCUUCAGAUGUGGGGCCAGCCUCUUUCCCGUCUCGAGAUCAUGAAGUUCGACGUCCUCAACGAGGACAAACUCUCCCCCAGCACAGCCACGGCCAGCAACUACGCCGAAGAGAGCGCACCGCACAACACUCCUUUCUAUCCCACUGGAACCACCUCGCCAACCUCACCAUUCGCCGACCGUCGCGGUCUCUUCCAAGAACUCCUCAAUUCAGGCCGCGGCGUUGAUGUGACAGGGUUUUGCCGGAUACAUCCGGGCGUCCCGCUGGAACCGGCAGAGUACCUUCGCCCAGCACCAGGCGGCGCGACGAAUGCCAGCGGUGCCGCCGUCGCCACGGCCCUCUCAAACACCACCCACAACUCCACUGGUCAGCCGCCCAUAAUGAACGGUGCAGUCGGCGUCUGCCACCGGUGCACCGCGGAGCGGGAACACGCCGACCUGGUCCCGCAAACCGAGCUGCAAUGUGUCUACUGCUGGGCGCCCGUCGUCGGCCUGUACGCGCCGUGUGUAGCGUGCGGGUGCGUCGCACACGAGUCGUGCCUCGCCGAGUGGCACGCCCUGGGAGGCAGCGAGUGCCCCGUCGGUCACGAGUGCCGGUGCGUGGAGGAGGCGAGCAGCGAGACGGCAGGGAGCUGGGCCGGGCUGCGGGCUGCGGUCCUGCUCGCCGGUAAUGAUGGCGGCGGAGAUAAUAAGGACAGGGGAGCCGGAGGAGGAUCGGCCGCCGGCGGCGGCGGCGGGGACAGCACUGCGACCCCGCGGUCGGGUUCCGGAACGCCCAGGUCGUCGACCCGGUCAAGGCGUAAGUCUGCGCCGGCAGACGCGGCCAAAUUCCAUAAUGUAUUUCGCAGGGCGAACGACUCGAACCCUCCCCGCUCCCCUUCUCAAGCCCAAUUCUCCGGACUGGGGGCGGGUCCUGAAGAAUACAGUGGUGAUACGGCGGGGGCCGCAAUGAGAGCCCGCUCCAGCAACAGCAGCAGGAUUCUAGGCGGGGGCGGCGUGUUCUCCUCGCGCAGGAGGGUUCACGACGGCGGCGAUAUGGACAGGGCGAUGGACCGCGAGAGCGCGGCGUCGUCGCCCGGCCCGGGAACGGUUACCGUUAGCGGUGUUGCUGGCGGGUUGCUGGCGGGCGUAAAGCCGCCACCGAGAGGGGAGGAGCCGAUCUCAGCGGCACAGUUGAGCCUGGGAAAGCGGCUGAAGAAGCAGCUGGAGGAGUCCGGGCGGCCGGGUGUGCCGCGGAGGAAUACAGGGGGGUUAGCCAUGUGGAAGACGUCGAGUGGUGGUGCGUGAUGUACGUGGUAGAGGAAAUGUAAAGCUAUAUGUGUCUUAACUGUGCCGGUAAAGGAAGGCAGUCAGGGAAGAUCUCGAAGAUGAGGAGGGCAAUAUUAUGUGGCAUUCUUUGUCUCCUCCGUUGUGGUAUGAAGUGACCUCAAUUGCACUCCGAUCGUAUUGUGACUUCGUUACAGGUCAAGAGAUGAGGACAGACACAUGAAUUGAUAGACAGUCUUCCCAUUGCGCGAAG